ACAAAUACAUAAAAGACUAGUUAUGAUUAAUACUAGACUAGUUUUAGUGGUGCACAUAGUGAGGUGGCAUGCAGUGCGCGAGGACUUAAUCCACAGGGUGUGGAUGUCAUUCAGGACUUGUAAUGACUUGACAAUGACUUGUGUUGGAUAAGUAUCCAGUUCCUGACGACCUGGGCUACUGCCAGGGGUGUGAAGAGGUUCUUCAACUAGAUUUCCUAGGUAGAGUAUAACAGUUUUGUUCCAGAAACUGAACGUUGUUUACUUAAGUUUGACUCAACAACUCCUUUGGCAGUUGGACUGCGCAUGCGCGCUGAUAUUUGUGUUUUCUGUGAAGUGAGUCUGUUAUGGAGGAGGAAACUCUCUUGGAUUUGGGUCAUCUGACUGAAGCAGAACAAAACGUCAUUUUAGAUGUAUUGUUGAGGGAUAAUGAAUUACGCAACCAAGAUGAAGGCCGGAUCAGCAAACUCAAACAAGUGGAGUCAGACCCUGUGCGCCUUCACUUCCUCACGGGCGCGUGGUUCAAUGAGCAACGAGCCAAGCGCUAUCAGAAUCGAGGGACUGAUGUUGUCCAAACCUCUAUGCGCCGCAAAAGGAAGGACAAAGAUUUGCCUGUGAUGUCAGUGUUUGAAGAACAGAAAGAACAAAAUUCAUCUCAGAGGCUAGAAGAGACCACAGAAGUGAACACGGCAGACCUGGAAGAUGGAGAAAUAAUAGAAAAAGAAAAAAAAAUAGAGGAGGAGAAAAAAGAAAGUCUCAACCUUAGUGUGGCCCCUGAACCACGACCAAGAACCAAACGAAGCACAAAGACGAAUACUGAAAAGAGAGAAGAUAUUUCAGAAGUUGAGUCAAGGGAAAUUACUGAAGGAAGUGUUGCAGAUUCAGAGGCUUUAGAGGACAGAUCACUGCAGAACACAACCUCAUCACUACAGGCUGAUUCAGAUGGUGAUAUUGAUUCUGGCAGCACUGAACUGGACUACACCAGAUUUGGCUCAGUUAACAACUUGAACUCUAAUCAUACGAUGAGCGGCAGCAUGAUGAGCCUAUACAGUGCUGGGGAUUUUGGAAGUGUUACUGUGACUGGCCAGAUCCAAUUCUCUUUGCAGUAUGACUCUAGGAAAGAGGAGCUUCAUGUGCGAGUGUGUCGCUGUCAGGACCUGGCUCCAGCGCGUAAAAACCGCUCUGACCCGUAUGUGAAAUUGUAUCUCCUUCCAGAUAACACAUCUCAUAGUAAAAGAAAAACUUCAGUAAAGAAGAAAACCCUAAAUCCUGUAUAUGAUGAAACACUCAAGUAUAAAGUACGUAAAUCAGACCUGCUGGCUCGCGUCCUCAGUGUGUCAGUGUGGCAUAUGGAGCGUGUGCGGAGGAACCUGUUCUUGGGGGAGGUCGAAGUGCAGCUCAGCCAGUGGGACUGGAGCCAGAGUAAACCAGCCUGGUACCCCCUUCAGCCCAGGGUACAAAUGAAUCCUGAAGCUGUGCUCAGCAGGGGAACCAUCUUACUAUCAAUUAAAUUCAUACCACCUGGCUCUGAAGAAGGAGGGUUCCCUCUCACUGGUGAGUUACAUAUUUGGCUGAAGGAGAUCGUUGGACUCCUUCCUCCAAAACGUGGGACUCCAAGUAUCUCUGUAAAAAGUGUGAUUUUGCCAGAUGAGAGCGGUGGUAGUGGUCAGCAGACGCGGGUUGUUCGUGGGUCAGUCAGUCCUGUAUUUAACCACACUAUGGUGUAUGAUGGUUUGCAGUCUGUUGACCUCACACAGGCCUGUGCUGAAAUUACUGUUUGGAACUCAUCCACCUGUCUUGGAGGUGUGCACCUCAGCACAGGCUCAGGUAUGAGUUAUGGUCAGAUGGUUAGCUGGAUGGACUCCAAUGAAGAAGAAAUCAGUGUGUGGAAUACAGUCAUCCAGGACCCCAACAACUGGGUGGAUGUCACUCUGCCAAUCAGAACCAACAUUCAGCUGUGCUGAGAGUAACAUACCUGGCCUUGUCUAUCUAACAAGACAGUCCACCAAUUUCCUCCUUUGUUCUUUCACAGAGAAAUAUUUAUUUCUCUCUAUGACAUUCUGGAAGUCACUUAAAUUAUAUAAUAUAUAUUGGUACAUGCAUUCUUGGUUCUUAUGAGGAAAAAGAUGUAUUUUGCUAUUUAUAAGCUUAAAAGCAGCAAUAUGUAAAUAUUGAGGAUUUAGAGAUUUGGAGACCUCUCGGGACUUCAAUACUGACCCCUCAGGAAAUCAUAGUGGAUGGGAUUUGGAGUUGUCUCCUAUGUUAAACCUCCUCUCAUAAUGUCUCGGGCCCCAUGGUGGCUUCACAAUUUACUUGACCUUCUUUUGUGCUAAGGGUUGUGGUGUGAUGACAUAUGACAUAUGACAAAUCCAUGUUGGCAUAAGAGUUCAAAAACUGUGUUCACAAUCAGCUCUGAAAGCUCUGAAUUACUGUUUUAAGCUUUCCAGGGCAAAUUUUCAUCAGCUACCAAAAAAAACCAAAAACUCGCGUACUUUAGUAUUUGUGGAAUUUUUCAUAAAAUGCCAGUAACUAUAGCACAUGUCUGUUCAGUGAUAUCAUUUUGUCAGAAUUUGUUACACUCCUACUUUGUUAAAUGUUUUUUGUAAAUAGGUUUUGAAAAUCGUUAUUGGGGAAAUUAUUUUAUAUUUUUUAAUACCAUCUGUCCACUCUUUGGGAGCACCUGGUGUUCAGGUUCAGGUGCUUCAGGUUAUCAAGGUUGCAAUGUCUCAGGAUUCCUGAGCAUACAUACAGCAUUGCAGAAGGCAGUUAUAGCUCCAUGAUUAUUUUCUGCAGGAGUCAUGCUUGGAAAAGAAGCAAGCAGCCUGGUGGUACUGUUGUACAACAAGCAAGUAAUAUUGUCCUACUCCUACUGCCAACUGCAUUGGCAAGUUUGGUACUUCCAAAGUGGGAGUGUAUAAAUAACUUUUUAAAAAGAGAUAUGUUCUUAAGGUGUAAAAGACUGAAUGGUUUUGUAUCUACUAAUAAACAGAAUAAAUAGUGAUCACAUGUGAUGUUUCAGUGUGUGUGUGUCCAGUGGCUGUGUGUACCAUAAGGUUGAUCAGGCAAAUCACUUGGAUUUUUGAUUACCACUUACAUUACAUUUUUAUUGAUCUUCUUUUAUACAAAUUACGUUCAUGGUGGUAUAAUAGGUGUGAACCCUCAUUUGGUAAAACCCCACAACUUUGUUGUUUUCCUUAG